UCCGUUUCUUUCUGUCAUAGAAAUAUCUGUGUGCGGGCGGUCGUCAUAUUAAAGAUAAUUCGUAUGAAUUAUUAAAUGAAGGUGCUAUAAAGUGUUAAUUUUAUGUAAAAACUGUAGUUAUAAAUUGUUAAAUAAUGAUCUUGCUGGAGAUCAACAAUAGAAUUAUAGAAGAAACGUUAACAGUUAAAUAUAAAAAUGCACUGGCGCGAUUAAAGCCAGAGUCCAUAGAUGUGACGGUUGCAGAUUUUGAUGGAGUCCUUUUUCAUAUAUCCAAUGUCAAUGGAGAUAAAACCAAAGUUAGGGUUAGUAUAUCUUUGAAGUUCUACAAGCAAUUGGAAGAACAUGGAGCUGAUGAAUUGCUCAAAAGAGUAUAUGGUCCCCUGCUUACAGAAGCUGAGACAGGUUACAAUGUCUCGGUGUUAUUGGAUUUGGAGAACAUUCCUGAAGACUGGGAGACCACAGUGAAGAAAGUUGGCUUACUAAAGAGAAACUGUUUUGCUUCUGUGUUUGAAAGAUACUUCAGGCUGCAAGAGGAUGGUGAUGUCAGCCACAAAAGAGCUGUUAUUAACUAUCGACAGGAUGAGACACUGUACGUAGAAGCCCAAGAAGAUCGUGUGACUGUAGUCUUCUCUACUGUUUUUCGACACGAAGAUGACAUAGUAAUUGGCAAAGUAUUCAUGCAAGAGCUGAAAGAGGGUAGAAGAGCGUCACAUACGGCACCACAGGUCCUAUUUUCACACAAGGAGCCACCGCUAGAGCUGGUAGAUACAGAUGCUAAAGUAGGCGAUAACAUCAGCUAUGUUACAUUUGUGUUGUUCCCGCGACACACCUGCGAAGCGGCACGGGACAACACCAUCGAUUUGCUUCACAUGUUCCGUGACUACCUGCAUUACCACAUCAAGUGCUCCAAGGUGUACGUUCACUCACGUAUGCGCGCUAAGGCAGGUGAACUGCUGAAGGUGCUCAACCGUGCGAGACCACAAUCUACCACAAGACCCACCGAGCGGAAAACUAUCUCAGGGAGAACAUUUGUGAGACGAGAUUGAUUGCUGUCUGCUGGCUAAUAGACGCAAGAGCGUCACUCAAAGUAACGCGACCAUUCCGGUACAUUUAAUUAAAACAUCUUAUAUUCUAUGAUCUCAAAUAUUUCUUCAGUAUUUAAUUGGACAUUGCUUGAUUUCCCCAGAUUGUAAUUCUUAUAGACAAUUGUCAACUGUCAAAGUGACAUCUGAUUAUUGUCUUUGUUUAAAAAUUAAAUUAUUUAAGUUAUUUGCGAUCUUAAUGUUAUUUCAGCUAUUUAAAACUGUAUAGAACUUAAAACUUUAAGAUCACGCGUUAUGCAAUUUCUUAUUAAUGUAUAGUAUUGGAAUGAACGCGUUACCCAAUAAAUCCACAAUGUGCGUAUUUCGUAAUCAAUAUUAAAUUAACCAAAUAACCGAUCAGGUCACAAAAACAGUUAUUUAUUUGUUGCAAGCUCAAUAUUCGGACAAUUUGAAAUGUGCACAUUGUUACCAAGCCUAACCUAGUGAUUGAAUGUUUCUGUAGUUCUUGUUAACAAAAUUAUGCUUUACGAGAGUUUAUUAGAGAGGUGGCACUGCGUUUGUGACUCGGGUUCCUAAUUCUUAUUGUGUGGGUACAGUCAACGUCAAAAGCGCACUCGAGCAACUUUGGCGUUGAUUGUACACUGGCAAAUGAAAACGUUUAUUACCAGUAGUGUCCAUCGGGUUUUGUUAGCUACGUAAUUGUGUUACUCACCGAUCCUUACGUAUCUCGGAACAGGUUCGACACUUGAGAUACUCAGUACAAUGUAAACCUGUUCCGUUGCUUGUAAAAAUGUAUAUCGCAGACGUCGAGGUGUUGCACAAAUUCCUUCGAAUCCUUUUAUUAAAUUUGCGUAUUAGUUACAUAGGUAUGCAAUAUACGAACAAUAAUAACUUUAAUGAAAUUUGUUUUUAGGUAGGUCGCAUUCAAUUAUUAACAUGUAAGUGAAAGUGUAUAAAUAUCUCGAUAGUUUCUUCCAUAGACGAGUGACUUGGAUCAAUAUGGCCUUAUUUACCGAUUUCGAUUGUCUGGUCUCUAUAGAAUCGCUAGUUUAGGCCUUGAUCAAAUGUAUGAAAAGUGCAAUUCGAUAUUCCAUUUUGCAUUUUGUUUACAAUCUGUCGUUGAUGUUUAAUUAAAUUUUAUUCCAUGAAUCCAAUAUAGCAUCAUAGGUACUGGACACAUUACAGUUUUUGCACGGAUAUAGAUUGCUCAAUAACAUGUUUGAUCAUUGUAAAGGAAUAGGUUUAGAGGGCGGGCGUUGGGUUGUCUGUCAUAUCGCGUUUAGGUAUUGAUUCAUAUCGAUUUGCAGGUGCCAUCUAGUCAAAAAUUCUCAAUCUAAGGUAAAUUUGUGCAAAAACAAGCUUCGUCGAACGGGCUAUUAUUACUCAAUUUUUUUUGGUUUUGUUACUAAAAUUACAUUCACGUUUCCUCACAAAGUAAUAUUAUGUCUAAGUUACCUGCCAAGACUAGAAGCUCUUCCGUGAGUUUGACUAAGUAUCAAUUUAUGACGUAAUGCGCGUGUCAAAUACUAGUAUAGUGCCACAUACUUUUCUUGACCGGUAAGAGCGUCGCUGUCAUGGAUUGUUUAUUAAUUGAUUACAUUAGUAUUGUCAGUAAAUAAAAAUUAACUAUUAUAAGGUAAGGGGAAUAAUAAGUCAUGCGGGUUAUUAAUACAUCCCUUAUAAAAUACUUAGAAAUCGGAACCGUUAAAACUUUGCCAUUGUAAUGUAUAUAUACAUUUUAGUUGGAUUUUUAUUAAAUUGUAGAUAGUAAAAUUACAUAUUGUACGCACCUACCGAAAUUACAGAAAAUAAAUGUCAGUCUGACAUUUCAAAAUGGCGACGGUAGUACCAAUUUCAGUCGCCGGCCAAUAGAAGUAUGUGGCACUUUACGUCUAUGUCGCCCCUAGUUUUGUGCGCAUCACUAAGAAUUUUCAUACAAAUUUUUGACGCUUUUUACGUUCGCGGGUUAAAAUUUAAGAGUCGUGGCAAGCUUAGAGAUGGAGUGAAUUAGAUAGAUUAGAUUAGUAGCUGUUCCAUAUUUAAAAGUCAAAUGCAAUUAUUUAAUCUUAAUUUAUUACUUCUAACUAUCAAAGCAACUGUAGAACGAGAACUGCCUACAAACUCCCGCCUUUAUCGACUACGCGGCCACCAUGACAUUUGCUCCAAAUGACAAUUGACACGUUUGACAGCCCAACGUAACAGCCUUUUAGGGAUAAUGUUUGAGAAUGCGGUGUUAAUAGCGACGGAGUGAAAGAUUAGGUUAUUUUGUCCGAGUGUCAGGAUAGUCAAACAAACAGGUCUUGUAUGAGCAUGUAGAAACAAUUAACUAAUUAAUAUUAUGUAGCUAACUUGAAUUUUAUGUAAUUUUUAUUUGCAAGAUGUAUUAUUUAUGUAUUAUAAUGUAAGUUAUAUAAUGUUUUAAGCUUACAUGAUGAUUUUAUUGUCAGUGCGAGAUUAUAACAGGACACUAAAGUUAUUUGUGAAUAUGUAAUUAUUCUUGUGAUCUAAAAUCCGUUUAUACCGUAUUUUUUAUUUUCUAGAUUAAAGAAAACAUCUUAAUGCAGUU